AUGAAUACAAUUAAUAAAUGUGCAAAUAUAUUAGUAGUUGAAGAUGAUCCAUUAAAUAGAAUAAUAGCAUCAAAAUUUUUAAAGAAAUUGGGACAUAAAAUUACAUUGGCAGAAAAUGGAUUACAAGCUGUAAAUGCCGUUGAAAAUAAUAAAUAUGAUAUAAUUUUAAUGGAUGUCAAUAUGCCAAUUAUGGGCGGUAAAGAAGCAACUAAAAUCAUUAGAGAAAUGCAACAAUCAUUAAGAAUUAAAACACCAAUUAUUGGUUUAACAACUGUUGAAAGACAAGAAUGUAUUGAAGCCGGUAUGGAUGAUCAUCUCUUUAAACCAUGUAAAUUUCAACAACUUGAUUCAAAAAUUGAACAAUAUUUAAAUUUAAUUAAAGAACAAGAAAUUGAAUUACAACAACAACAAAUUAAAUUUGAACAAGAAUUACAAUUAUCAAAACAACCAAUUUAUGAAAUUGCUCAACAAACAAUUGAAAUUAAUCAACCAGAAUCAUUUAUUACAUUUGAAACAAAUUGUAAUAAUAAUAAUUCAUAUCUCCCUUCUAUUAAAGAAGAAUUACCUUCUCAACCACAUCUUCAUGAAUCAUAUAUAAAUCAAAGAGAAAGAUACAUUAGUUCACCUGAUCUUUCAAUUUAUUUUAAUAUAUAUAAAAAUAAUUUUAAUAAUAAUAAUAAUAAUAAUAAUAUAAAUAAUAAUUAUAAUAAUAUUAAUUCUGUAAAUAGUCAAUGUAAUAAUAAUAAUUGUAACAAUAAUAAUAAUAAUAUUUAUAAUAAUUAUUAUUAUAAUAAUAAUAAUAAUAAUAAUAAUAAUAAUAAUAAUAAUAAUAAUAAUAAUAAUAAUAAUAAUAAUAAUAAUAAUAAUAAUAAUAAUAAUAAUAUUAAAACCGAAACUGAAAUUAAUUUUGUAGUUAAUUUCAAUGAAUGCUGUAUAAUAGAAGAAAAAUAUGAUGAUGAAGACUUUACUGGUAAUGGUAAUAGUUUUUAUAAUAAUAAUAUUGUAAAUAGUUCGAUAAAAAUUAAUAAUAGUAAUAAUAAUAGUAAUAAUAAUAAUAAUCAAUGUAAAUUCAAUAUUGGUAGAAGAAAGAUUGUUUCAAGAUCAACUUCUCAACCUUCUUUUUAUUCAAAUAAAGAAUAUUCAUUUUAA